GAGUAGGGGGAGGGGCGGGGGUGCACGUGACGCGUGACGCCCCUCCGGCCACGUACCCGAGGUGACGUCGGCUAUGUCGGCGUCAACUUUCGAACCGACACAAACAGUCGAGGCGACCGCGGGAGGCAGCGAGAAGAUGUCGGAACAUUUCGUGAAGCCGGGGAACCUGGAUCGCGGCUGGAACGACCCCCCAGUAUUCGCAUUCUGCACCCAGAAUUCGACCCGGCGGGGGGGAACCCCCCUCACCAAGCGCGUUCCUCCCCCUCAGCUCACAGGGGGAACCACCUCCACCAUUACAUCACCCCAGGUGUCUCUGACCCCUGCAAGUGCCCCGCCCUCCAGCGUGGCCCCACCCCCCAGCGUGACCCCACCUCUUGCUCCACCCACCGCUGAGAGCUCUGCGUCCGUGACCCAGGAGGAGCCCAGUGUGGAGGUGGUGCUGGAGACGCUCACCUCCCUGCUGACGGGGUGCCGCGGCCACGUUCAGGGCCGCAUAUGCGAUGACAUCGGUCGCAAGCUGGAAUUGCUGCGAGAUGCCUGGAAUUCUGGGAAACUGAGUGACUUGGUCAAGAGACGGCUUGGGAUGCUAGCAAACGAUUUGCGGGCGAGCGCAUGGACUGAGAGUGAGCGCCGUGUCGUGUCGCUCACGGUCGACCACACGAGUGAGGUGGGGCCCUUCAUGGCGGCCGUCAGGAGGCUCCUGUCCGAAGCUCGCUCGCUAUCGCUCCAACAGAAGCAGCAGCAGCUACAAGAACCACCAAUGGAAUCAUGUCGUCAACAAGAAACACAACCACUGCAAGCACCGCAGCAAACAGAGCAGUCACUACCAUUACCACCAUCAGAACAGGAUCCUGUAGACCCAGAUCCAAAACUAGAUCUGCCUUCUGAACAACACCUGGAGCAGCCACAAUCUGAAUAUGAACCACUGCAGGAACAAACCCACUCACAACCAGAACCAAUCGUACAACAGCUAGAACGGGUGCAAUUAGAUCAGUUGCCUUUGGAACAACAACUGGAACAAGCAUGUCCUGAACAACCACAACCGGAACAACAUCGUUGCGAUUCAGAACCUCUGCCGGAGCCAGAAAUGGAAGUUGAGCUGGAAGAGAAGCCAAAACUGUAACCACUUCCGGAUAUAAAGGAAUAAUUGGAAAAAAAUUCGGCUGGAACAAAAAACACGAGGACUUAAUUUGGAUUUGGAAGUGAAUGUGAAACAGGAUCAGCACAUGGGAGAGCAUCUGGAACUGAGACUAGAUCUAGAACCAUAGUUGUGACUAUGGCUGUGUAAAUUCGCUUGGAAGGCACAGAACCAGAACCUCUGGAAGGAACUGAUGCAUGCCACAGUGCCGCGCACUUGCACUUACGAAAACUGGUCACUUCCAUUGUUACAAUUAACUGCUUUACUUUGCAUUUUUAAUCCCACAAAGUGCAUUUUAAUCUAACGCUUGAAGUUAUAAAUAAAAUAUUAACCACUCUGAAGUACUUUG